CUAAAUAACUGUUGCUUGUUGCUAAGUUCAUCGCACAAUUUUUCGUGAUAGUGUCAUGAAUGUCAUCACAAAUAUCAUCAAAAAUGUCAAAAUAUUGAAAGUGGCAAUUGGCCGAUUCUCUUGCUCUAUGUUUAAACAUUAAACCAAGGGAAAAUCUCGUCAUUUGCUUUCGUUGAUCAACUCAGCUUGUUCGCCAUGCCAGUCUACGUGCGCAAGAAUCUCUUGUCCAUCACCCCAGAGUCCCUGGGGAACCGCUCCAGCGAUGAGGAGGACUACAUCCGGGACCCGGAGCAGAUGUACGACGUGCUGCCCCAGCCCUUCCGUCUUGUCAACAAGAUCGUCAAUUUGAUCUUUGACCUGGCCUGGGAGGUCAUCAGCGAGAGGGAGUCGGCUAGGAUCGCCGAGAAAUCCCGCGUCAGGCCGCCGCAGUACGACUGCGCUAUUCCGUUACCGGACUAUGGCCAAGCACUGUGUCUGGCAGACAGCCCUGAUGGCCGCUAUGUGUUCUUUGGAAUGCCUCAUGGGAUUACUAUGAUCGAUGCAAUGACUCAGGCUCCCAUUGCAUCCUGGGAUCACGGAUCGGAAGACGUCAGCAUCUGCUCUCUCAAGAUCUGCCUGGUUGGCGUGCAGACGUACCUCAUUGUAGCUAUAGAUACAGCUGGCACCGGUAGACUUCUUUGUUCAGCCUUUGAUGCAAUUCUUCCCAUUAAGACAUUCAAUGAGGAUAGUGCUGGGUCGGUCAUCACUGAUGCAUUCAUCUCUCGUGAUGGGGACUAUGUGUCAGUUGCUCUUCAGAAUGGAACAGAUGUUUGGCUUGAUGUGUGGCAUCUACCCAGAGAUAACUGGUUACGAGAAUUAGAGACUGCCCAUAGCAAUGCAGUCAAACAACAACAGCAACAACAACAACAACAGCAGCAGCAGGCUAAACCAGUAGAAGCCGACAAACUAGAUUCUAGCAUUGAAAUGGCCACGUCCAUCGAGGGUAUUACAACAGACAUAGCAAAGUCCACCUCAUCAGGCUCCCCCAGGGGUUCGCCAACUCCCCACCCAGGGGGACAUGCCACUACCCCAGCAACAGUAGCAGCACCGAGCCUGAACGUGUCACAGAUGUCCAAACCCACUACAGUGCUCCGGGUCAGGCCACCGCCCUCUACUCUGACUGGUGUGACCGGAUCUGUGGCAUCGGUCUUUCGGGCAAUUGACGAGGGCCAGGUUGUGGGUCUGGGCACCAAACAGCACCUUGUCAGCGAUCAGCACCUGGAGAAACGCAGACAGGUCUUCAGGCAGCAGCACCAGGACCAGCUACGGUUCCUGAAUGAGCAAGAAGACAAAGCCUGCCCUCGGCCCAUGUGUGUCUUCCUCAACCCAAGCUUCCUCCUGGUGACCGGCCUGGAGUCCAGCAACGAUCGUCCCAACAGUGUGGCCGUGGCCUGGACAGGGAGCCCCAAUGUCUGCCAUUAUAACCUUCUCAAGCCUUCCAAAGGUAACAAUGAUCGACGCACAACAACGUCAGAUCUUGAACACAAGCCGGACAUUGUGUGGCCAUUCGGUAGUGACAUCACCUGCCUUGCUGCAUCACCGUGCACAUCGCUCCUUGCUGUAGGCCACAGAGAUGGUACCCUGACAAUCUAUGAUCAACACAUGGCAGGAAUGCCCCAGGCAGUGCAGAAGCUGUCAGCAGCAGGUGCAGUCUCUCACGUCCACUUCCUGAAUCCGGGCAUCCUGCCCCCUUCUCAGUCCCCCAGAGACCCCUCUUCUUCAGUUACCCCUGACACACACCUCAUGGCGUACUGCACCGACGGCAGCGUCUCCGUGGUGCGGUGUGGCUACGAGGGUGCCCCAACACUGCGAGUCAUGGAGCCGGCAUCCAGCAAUGACGUGGAUAGGGUGGUGUCUGUGCAGCCACUGACUGGCAUUCCACAAGUGGUCGUAGUGGUCCGUGGAGGUGGUGAAGUGAGUUUGGUUGACGUGCGCAGGGGCCACGCAUUGUGCGUGGUGGCGCUGCGUGCAGCAGAUUGCAGACUGACGGCCGUGGUCCCACCGGUCCUGACGCCUGCAGCAAAUGCAAACAUGCUCUACGUCAAAGGUGUGAAGGAAGCCAGCGAGGGAUCGGAUGAAACACCAGAUAACAACAUGUUUGUCUUUCCGCUGCGUUCCUUUCCGGCCCUAGACCCCUUCAUGAAGAACCCAACCGACCUCCAGCCAUACAGUGUACAUGUCACGGCACAGAAGAGAUUUGACUACUUGCUGUCUAAAAGAUUGAGCCUUCAGAACGAACGUCAACAGCGCAUGCAACGACGCUGGCACCAUCUGAGUCCACAGGUCAUUCCCUGCAAGUGAUGCCAUGACAUCUCCCUCCUACCCCAAAACCAAUUUUACUGUCGGAUAAUUCUGUGCUUGUGGUGAAAUUAUUUUUAUGCGUGUUCACACUGCUUUUUUAAGUGUUGUCCACGAUAAAGGCACAUUCAUGUGCAUGAUUCCAGUGGCGCACCCAAGGUGUAAUUUUUUUUCAGUCCCAGGAUUUGACCUUGGUGAUAUGAAUGUGGCCUAUUUUCGAGUAGUAUAAUAGGGGUGUCAUAGUUCGCCCUCCCCCCCCC